UAGUCGAGUGUGCAAACUUGUGCUAUUGUCCCCAGGCCAGGGGGAGUCAUGGAGACCCACUAAUAUGACACAGGAAAAUGUUUGCUGAUGGCAAUUCUAUGGGCUUUGUCUAACUCUUUCUCCAUCAUGACGACUCGAUUUAAGUCUCUAACUGUUUGACUACAGAUGCAAGAGUACUAUCCAACUCCAUCCUUUUGUUCGGGUAGUUUGAAUGGGUAAUUCAGCUUUUGUGUAACUCAAUUGAGGGGGCAAACAUAAAGACAAGAUUCUUGAGCGCUCAAGCUCCCUUUCCAUGGAUAUCUGCACAUCUCUUUAGAGAUUUGUUCCUUUCCUACCUUUUUCUGACAUCAUCCUCCCCUUAAAAAAAAAUGCUCCGAUGGGGAACAGUUAAAAGUAGGCUAGUCCAGUCCCCUGUAUUAUAUUGUCCUGUGCCAACGAAGCAUGUUUAGUAUCAGCCCCAAGACAGCUUUCGAGAAUGCAGAGAAAAGGGUGUCUAAACUUUCCUAACUGAUCUUCAGCAUUUUUGCUUUGGAUUGUGUAAUUUUAAAAUGAAAGGUUUCCAUCGGGGUGAAGGGCAUAGGGAGAAUGGUAGAAAUCAUGGGGAAAUGAUUGUAUUUAUUAGCUGUCUUUCUGCGGCUGUCCCCAUGGAGACAAUUUGUGAUGGCAAAGAAUGCAAGGAGGGGAGGCUGAUGCCUGAUUGGGAUGCUUUGUAUUUGGCAAAGUGGCUUCUGAUUGGCCUGGGAGAGCCCCGAACUCGCUGGAGUCGAUAUUCAUUCAGCUUGCUCAAGUGCUUGCUAAACUACAUCCAAACACUGGCGGGCCCUGGCUGCCUCCGCCGAGGUUGGCGGUGUGUAACCUGCCUAACGGGAUUAGCGGGGAAGGGGCUCUCUCUCCUCUGCAGCGACGCUGCCGCCGGCACCGGUGAGAGAAGCCGCCGCUCGCCGGGUUUGCCACGGUUUGUCUGAAGGAUUAUAAACUUUUCAUGGGAAACUCUGCGCGGUGCAUUCAGUGAGAUGGCAUCGGACAGCGAGGUAAAAACUCUACUGAACUUCGUUAACCUGGCUUCGAGCGACAUCAAAGCGGCUCUGGAUAAAUCAGCUCCUUGUCGCCGGUCAGUUGACCACAGAAAAUAUCUGCAGAAGCAGCUCAAGCGGUUUUCUCAGAAGUACUCACGGAUCCCCCGGUGUCACCCCAGCAAACCCCCUGAGUGCGGCUGGCGCAGGGGGGCAGAGGACCGGGCCCGCGGCCCCCUGCCCGAGGCUCCCGAGCCCAGCCCCCACGGCGGGGCUGCCGCCGACAAGGUGAUGCAGACAGCCGAAGCAGAGGAGAGCCUCACCGGGGAAAGGAUUUUGCAGGAACAAAAACCCGAGGCUGCCCGACCGGACCAGGUGCCCAUGAGGAAGCGACAACUCCCUGCCUCCUUCUGGGAAGAGCCACGGCCGGCCCAGAGCCUGACGGCCAGAGCCUUUGCUGCCAGCUCUGAGGGGCUCCAAGCCCCCAGAGACCCUCCUCCCUAUGAGGGGAAGAAAAGCAAAAGGAGCCCAGACGCUGCUGGCCCGGAGAGCCCCCCUGACACUGCGCCACAUGCCGGGGAGAAGGAGCCCGCCGGGGCCCUCUCGGGCCGAGUGGGUGCUUGGACCUGCUGCCCCUUCCCCUGCCCCGGGCCAGGCGUGUACCAGCCCCCGGGCGCGCUGCCCCCGUCGCCCUUCCCGGGGCUGGGGCUGUGGAGGAAGAGUGCGGCCACGCUGCCGGGGGAGGUGCCGCACUUCUGCAAGGAGGCCGAUGGCCCGGGGCAGAAACUGUACAGGCCCAUGGUUCUGAAACCCAUCCCCACCAAGCCCGCCAUCCCCCCUCCCAUCUUCAAUGUUUUUGGCUAUCUUUAGCGGGGCGGGUGUCGGAGUCAUGCCGAACACGACAGCUCCCGAGGGGGAUUUGAAACGCCCGGUCAGCCUUCGGGCGUGAGCUGCUGGCAGCGCGGAGCGGCAGGGGAAGGAGGCCGGCGAUCACACCCCGCGCCUCGUGGGCGGGCUGCAGGGAAUCACUAACUGCUGGGAAGGUACUUGGGCUGCGCUCUGCUCUCCGUUCACCGGGGUAAAUCGGGAAUAAACCUUGCGAAGCCGGUGGCAUGGAGCAUGACCAGGUCUCUUUCAUCGAUGGGCACUGUGUGAGCCGCGGCGAGCGGGGCUGCGGGCCAUUCAUAGCCGCACUUGUAACACCUAGGAGGCCUCCUCCACGUGGGAACGUCUUUUCUGGGGCUGCCCUGCAGCAGCAGCAGUGAAAUGGAAUGAAUUAAAUGCAUUCAAAGAGGUUUUGUAUUUUAAAGUAAUCCCAGAGAAGUCAAGAUAUUCAGGUCAUUUCGUUUUGCAUGCAAGAGACUGGAAGGGUGGUAUUUGAUAGAAAAACCACUUGUGAUUGAUUCAAGCUCUUGUUGUAUGUAAAUACUGACAGAAUUAAAAGAAAAAAAAUAAGGGAAGGAAAGAAGGUAAUUUUAUUUUGGUCAUUCUGCAAAUGCAGUCUUAGUUUUGCCCCACUAGGUAGACACGGGUUUGAUUUACAACUGGUGGGGAGAUAUGAGGGCUGAAAUCUCUGCCUAUUCAGAUUUAUACAAAUCAGAAGUAAUUUUCCCGUAAGUAAAUCUGCUAAGCUGGUGCAAAUGAAAGUGGGAUGAAUUUCCACAUCAGGAAUUGCUCUGCAUCAACAGAAUAAAUGAGGAAUCUUAUUAGUUUAACACAAAACCAUUAGGUGUGAUGGAAGAAAAAAGUAAAGAGUAGACUGCCUUGAUUUCUGGCUGAGAGAUAUCUUUUAUUUUGCCUGAUUUUAAUAUGUUUUCACAAGACCCGUCUGUAAAUGUUUUGCCUAGCAUUUUCCUAUUUUUUUUAAACAAACUGGCAUUGGAGAUUUUAUUAGGAAGUGUUUUUAAGUUAGGUUUCUCUUAAACUCAUGGACAAAGUGGUACUAAGACACAGAACAUGAGAUACGAGAAGUUUAAUACUGCAGGUGUAUGUGUCUAUUUGGCUAUUUAAUGGAGUAAAUUACUGAAGUCAAGAAAAGUAUAUUUUGGGACAAAAAAGGGCCAAAGAAUGGACACCCAUGAUCUCCCAGGGCCUGAACCUGCUGUUGCUGAAGCUAAUUGGAACUUCUCCCCGGACUCAAUAAAAAGUGGCCUUGAUUGGUUAGGUCUGUGACUAGCAUAGCUCUCCAUGACUCCUGAUAUCUCUACAAGGAGAAAACCAGAAAAUGCUUCAUUUGAGUGCAUUGCAGUCAUUAAAAAAAUUAUCGUCUGAAGCAAUUGUAGAGUAUCAUUUUGUAUCUUCUGAUGGCCUUGGUAUUAUAUAACCAGGCUGCAAUUUUUAUUAGGAUAUGAACUACCACUGGGAUUAGCUCAGUUGGUUAGAGCCUGGUACCAAUAAUGCCAAGGUUGUGGAUUUGAUCCCUCUCUGAGCCAUUCACUUAAGAGUUGGACUUGAUGAUCCUUGUGGGUCCCUUCCAACUUAAAAUAUUCUAUGAUUCUACUCCCAGGCUAAAUGUAGUUUACUCUUUCCUCAAACCUCACAUAUCCCACCAAUGUUCACUUUUAUGGAAACAAUGUCUGUAAUGUGUUUGUAGUGCAAGCCGACAGUAGAAACAGAGAUGGCUUUCAUUUCUUUCUCUCUACGAUGGCACUUGAUUUAUGUAUCAAGCCAGCAGACUAUAGGAGAGAGAGCAGGAAAUGUGUUUGGUAGCACAUACCUGCAACUAAAUGCAAGGUGUGAGGAGCUAAAGAGCCAAUCUAGGGGUUAAAGACUUCAGGUUAGCUCUUGAUCCAGAAGUAAAGAUGGGAACAUACUUAGAUGCCUUUCCCUUUUUUGGAAAAAAUCCCUGAGGAAACUGUCCCUCUCCAAAAUGAGUGUAACAAAAGCCAGAGCCAUUGAAGUUAAAGGUAGGAGAGCAACAACUUUUAAUUUAGAGUCCUGUAGGUAAGGAAUUUUCUUACAUGGAAAUGGGGGCUUUUCUCACAUCGUAGCUCUGUGUUGCUGCCGUAAUCCAGAUGCAGCCAGAUGCUGAACUCUGUUUCAGUACUAUCAAUACAGAGCAGCCUCCUUGCUAUUGGUCUGGAUUUCCAUCUGGGCAGUCAGACCAGGUCAUGGAAUGAACUACUGGUAUUGCAGUAGUUGCUGUGCUUAAGUGUUCCUCCUUGAGCUCAUUAGGGAAAUUUCUAAGUGCUGUGGAUCACACCAGAAUAAGGACUUUAGUAAAAAUUAAAAUACUUGGCAAAGUGGAUAGCCUCAGUAUAAAUUUUAUUUCUGAAGAAAGCCAGAGGAAGAAUAGAGUUAAAACCAAGCUUCUAUCUUUGGAAUAUUAAAUUCCUAGUUUUCUUUUUUAUUUUUAUUUUUUAAACUUUUUUUUUAAUUUUUUAAAAUUUGAACGUAUAUUGCUGCACAUUUUCCAUGUUGUAGAAUAGUGUGUUUUAAAGUCAUGAUGAAGGAUUGAAACAGACCAUUGUAAAUGACCUCUGACUCAAAUAUUUAUGCUCCUACACUCAGAUUUAAACUAAUGUUACUUUUUCAAAAUCCUUUGUAGCAUGGAAGCUCCCCCCCAGCCCAAGGCAAGCAGUGGCCCUUGCUGGGGCUUUGAACUGGAGCAGCAGUGAAGUAAAACACAAAUGAACAGAAGACAAUUGUUAAGUAUAUUCAAAAUCCCUGAAUGGGGAUGUGUGAGACUUUCCAAAAGGCUUGCAAAUAAUAGCAACUCUGUCUCCUCUCUAGCAAUACUUACUGUUCUCUCAUCCCUGAGAUUAACAAUGGAAUUAUUAAUUAUUCAAGCUUGGAUUGAUUCAGAAUUUUUCUGGAUAUUUGUGUGUUUGGCUGGUCGAUGGUUGAUGUUCCUAUUCAGGACAGCUGAUAGUCCUUAAGAAUCUACUUGUUUAUUCAUACGUUGUUUGAAAGAAGGAAACAUAACAUUUGAGAGCUGCUAUUUACUAGAACAAUGCAGAUUUAAACUUUUAAAAACACAAUAGCUUUUAUAAAUAAUGCGAAGGGAGAGGUAAAUGAAAAAACUUUCAUACAAAAUAAAAUUAAAAAAUCAGAAAAGUGCACAAGAACAUCAAGUGAAUUGCACAUAUUGCAGUAAAAAAAAAAAGUACAGUAACCUGGUCAUGAAAUAUUCCUAGAACAUUUCACAUGAAGUCAUCCUCUCUGAAGGAGUCUAACUAUCACACUCAGUGAAACAAAACACUUUACCUUGCACUAGAAUUACUGAUCUGCUUACAAAGCCUGACGUGCCUGGGUUUUGGAGUGUUUUUCUUUUCACAGUAACUUGUAAAUGCAUUAAAGGCACAUUGAAUUUGUGCAGAUUCAGUAUUGUGCACAAAAUAUUUCAGUGACUGGAGUGGAGAGGUAGUGGGCUCCAUUUCAGUGCAAAUAAAUGUAAACUGAGUGUGUGAAGGUUUGCAAUAAAGAUCGAGCAGAAAGGACUUAAUAACAUUGUAAUUACCAGACUCCCCCUCUAACUGAUAGACUCUUCUCACCUCAGUUUCUGUGCACAGCGUGCACUUGUCCUUCCCACAGCUGUGUUAUGUUCCCAUCAGACCAGUGCUCUCUGGCUCAGUGACUCCUGCUCAGGACAGAUCGUUGACAGCAACCAGGACAUGGGUCUCCCAACAGAAAUGAAGGUCUCUUGGUUGAAAGAAGAAAUGGGCUUACCAUAUUUAUCCCAUUCAAACCCAGUUUCAGCUUCUCCAAGGACAUAAAAAGGAAUUGCUACUUGCUAGACUUUUGUGGACACAGAAAUGUUGGCUCAGGGGAAAUUCCCGGGUUGGGAUACUUAUGAAAUCCCACUUCUAGAGUUAUACAUGUAUUUGGUGAUUGUGAACCCUUCUACCUGCCAGGGUCUCCAGGACUGUCACUGCACACCAAACUCUGAAGUGGUCUCCACCAAGCUCUGUCUGUAUCCAUCACCCUCUACAACUCUGCUUUUUUUAUACUUACUUGAUUUCAAGGACAUCUGAUUUAUAUCGAUGUAAGACCCAGAUCUUUGUUGCACAGCCCCAGAAAGUGAGAGAUGCAUGAAGUCCACAGUGAUUUCCUAUCUGUCCAGAUACUGCUUACCAAUACAGAGCCUUCACUGGCAGAACUGAUACAGCAAUUUCUUGUUCCUUUUCUCUCCACCCAAUGUUUUUCUAACCUAAACCAAUUCCCUAUUCACCCUGCAGGAGACAAGGGAGUAGAUCUUAAACUGGCAGUAAAGGAAGUUACUGGAUGAAAUUUCACCAGUGGAGGAAUCUCACCUGACUUUCUAAAGCUUUACAAGAGUAGUUUCCAGUGUGAAUUGAAACUCUGGUGGUUUUUCAAUUUUUGCAUUUUUAAAGGGGACAGCAAUGGAUAGAAUAAGCAAUCCUGCAACCAAUGUUUUUUCUGCUCACAUCCUGUCACACAAGUGAUGAAGACAUUUCACGCAAAGUCAUCACAGUCUGUGUCCAGACAGAUUAGAUUGUAUUAGUUGUAUUUGUGCAACACACUUUAGUCCUGUGUUAAGGUAUAAAACUCCACACAAAUAAAACUCAGUGCAAUGAAUUUUCCCUACCUAGAGUUCUAUCAUAUUCCAUGGAUGGUAUGCAGACUAACAAACAAAACCAAAUCUGAAAGGUCUCUCGUGGGGACUCCAAGCAGGCCAUGGUGCACAGCUCCUCUGUCACCUAAGGUAAGGAGUGUGCUUCUAGCAUAAGAUCUGCAAAGAUGUAGUUCCAAAUUUAGUUUCUUCCAUUCUUUCUUAGGUGCCUAGUGAGGAAUAAAGCACUCAUCAAAGCAGUUCACCAAGUCACACCUGUCAAGUGAUCUGUAGUCUCUGCCAAUAACUGUUCAUGGGCUCCUUGGCCUCUCCAACUGUGAGGGAAUGUGACUUGUUAAAAACUUCAAUAAAAGAAUUUCACGGACAAUUAUAGUGGUUCAGCAGAUAGAUGGUGACUUGUUAAGCUGCCAUAAAUCAGUUGUGGAUCUGAGCUGUAAAUAGGUGACCUAAUUUUCAAAGAAGCUGAGAUAAUAACUUUCAUCAGUGUCAAAGGAAGCUAAUAGAGACUUCAAACUUCCAAAGUCAGAAAAUUCAGGGCUAAAUUCUGACAUUUUUUAUUCUGCCUCAGUAAUAUCUCAUACUGAAUAUGAUUCCCUUGGUUUAAGUGGAACAACACCUGGUGCAAGCAACUUGGCAUUGUUUAGGCACCUGAAUAAAGAUUCGGAAACCUAAUUCUGGGUAUUCAUUUCCAUAAAUCUUGCAGUUUGAAUUCCAUAAUUUUGAAAUAAUUUCUCUUACUUUCAGUCAGGGUAUUGUUACAGCCACAGAGGUCCAAGGAGGUCAGAGAGGCUGAUUUUUAUAGAUAUAAGAUCUUUUGGAGGAGGAAGAGAAUAAGUUGGUUCAGCAGUGUUGCCUCUCUCCUUCACAUCACUCUCUGUUCCUGCUCCUCUAGGGCUUUGUUCUGUUCUGACACCAGCUUCAUGAAAGCAUAAACCUACUGUUUACAGUGCAGCUACUUCUAAUUUACACCAAAAAAAAAA